UCGGCGUGGGCCCCGCCGUCGGCCGCCCCCCGGGAAUGAACGGCGUCCCUCGCCCCCGCCGCUCCCGGCCAGGCCUGAGCCUGGGGCCCGGGACUGCCCUGACAGACCAUGCCCCUGGCCUCCUAUUGCUUCCUGCGGGCCGUGGGCAAGGGCAGCUACGGGGAGGUGACGCUGGUGAGGCACCGGCAGGAGAAGAAGCAGUUUGUCAUUAAAAAGCUAAACCUCCGCAGUGCCUCCAGCCGAGAACGGAAAGCAGCCGAACAAGAAGCUCAGCUUUUGUCUCAGCUGAAACAUCCCAACAUUGUGACCUACAGGGAAUCCUGGGAGGGAGAGGAUGGCCUGCUGUACAUCGUUAUGGGCUUUUGCGAAGGAGGGGAUCUCUAUCACAAACUGAAAAAACAAAAGGGCAAACUUCUGCCAGAGAAUCAGGUCGUGGAAUGGUUCGUCCAGAUUGCCAUGGCGCUGCAGUAUUUACAUGAAAAUCACAUCCUACACCGAGAUCUGAAGACUCAAAAUGUCUUCCUAACAAGAACAAAUAUCAUCAAAGUGGGAGAUCUGGGAAUUGCAAGAGUGUUGGAAAAUCAGUAUGAUAUGGCCAGCACUCUCAUUGGUACCCCUUACUACAUGAGUCCUGAAUUGUUUUCAAACAGACCCUACAGCUACAAGUCUGACGUUUGGGCUUUGGGAUGCUGCGUUUACGAAAUGACCACGCUGAAACAUGCAUUCAACGCGAAAGACAUGAACUCUUUGGUUUAUCGAAUUAUUGAAGGAAAGCUGCCGCCAAUUCCAAAAGAUUACAGUCCCCAACUGGCAGAAUUAAUACGAACGAUGCUGAACAAAAAACCUGAGGAAAGACCCUCGGUGAGAAGCAUCCUAAGGCAACCCUACAUAAAGAGCCAAAUCUCUUUAUUUUUGGAGGCCACAAAGGCAAAAACUUCCAAAAAUUAUGCCAAAAACUGUGAGAGAAAUCCUAGAUCUUCCGCUUCAGUAAAGGCUGAUUGGAACGAGGCAAAGGACACCACUCCGAAUCAUUCCUCAGGGGAUUCCAGAACCCAUGAAGAGGUGGAAGAAGAACAUGUACUUCAGAAGAAACCAGUGGAUGGUCACCCUUCAGAAAAACCUCUUGAUCCUAAAAAUAACACCAACAGUAACACAAACUGCCUUGGAGCUUCCUUAGCGACUAUUAGCAAGGUGGAUGUUGACAUCCUACCAAGUGAAGGAGGGAGCUCAAAGAGUGAUCAUUUACUGCAGGAUCACAAUCCGAGACACUUGAGUAUUUCCAGCGAGGUGGAAGAAGAACACGAUGGCUCUCGGGUGGAGGAAGGGAGUCUCCAAGAGAAUUCGAAUCCCAGCUCCGAGACUGAGAACAUCGCCCCGGUGAAGAUUUCUGUGCCUACCCUUGAUGAGGAAAGUGACGCUUGCACGCCUUUGCAGCCUAUAUGUAAGGAAAAGCAUGACCAAUCCGGCAAAAAAUCAGCAGGAAAACAGGAAAAAGUUAGCUCCUUGUUACAGCCCUGGAGCUCUGUGUCUGAACCUUCCCUGGCCCGCCAGCGGAGGCAAAAAGAAAGAGAACAGUCUGAAGAGCUUAUGGAACAUAGACAGUUCAGCGCUGUUCCUCCUAGACCUCUGCCGUCUCUGCCUCCCCCCAUUGUGAGUAAAACGAAUGUCAAGUCGCCGCUCAGAGAUGCAAAAACGCACGACACGGAGGCCACGGGAUCUGGAAACAAAGAGGAUCGACCACUAUCCGCAAGGGAAAGGAGAAGACUAAAGCAAUCCCAGGAAGAGCUGCUUCCCUCUGCUUUUUUAGACCCUACAGUGAGAAGAGCAUCUCAGAGUGCAGCGGAAGGAACGAAGUUGCAGGCAACCAACCACCCCGGGACUGCCAGACAGUCUUCUCCAGACUCUGGCCUGACUCAGGAAAAAGUUACAGUCCAGGAUCCUUCUGAUGAUGAGUUGAGUUCUACAAGUUCAACAGAUAAAUCAGAUAUAGACUCCAGUGAAAGGAGAGGCCAUACCAGUGAAAUGAAUGAUUUGGUACAGUUGAUGACUCAGACAUUAAAAAUGGAUUCUAAAGAGAGCCGAGAGAUUCCUCCAAUACCCAAUCCCACAUCAGAGUUCAAGCUUCAUAAAAAAUAUAGAGAUACUCUGAUUCUUCAUGGAAAAGUCACGGAGGAUUCAGAGGAACUCAAGUUCAAGCACCUUUCUCCAGGUCAGCCAAAUGGAAGGUGUAUGCCUGUGAGAGGAAAGAAUUUGUCUAUCGUGCCUGGCUCAGAAAAGAUCAGGAGAAUGGUUGAAGUUCUAAGGGCGGAUGUAGUUCAAGGACUGGGAGUGAAGCUUUUAGAGAAAGUGUAUGAUCUUAUGGAGGAAGAUGAUGAACUGAAGAGGGAGGUGUGUUUACGGGAGCACAUGGGUGAGAAGUACACAAACUACUGCAUGAAGGCUCGUCAGCUGAAAUUUUUUGAAGAAAAUGUGAAUUUUUGAGUUCUUAAUUUGCUGCCAGGAGGGAAGACUUGUUUUGAAAAGUGUUUUCAUCAAAAGGACUAUCUUCAUCUGAACAAACCAACUUAGAAUGGUGGUUUGUAGGGGUGUCUUCCCAGAAAGCAUAUUAGGUGUGUGUGCCUGAGGAAAAGACUCGGUUUUUGUUUUUUUAAACACUAAGAUGUGAACCCCAAACAUGAAGUGUUUGCUGUUAGACUUCUUCUUUUAAAAUUAAAUUUAUUUGACCACCUCA